AUGGUGGACGUGGACCGGAGGAUGGCCGGUCUGAACCCGGCCCACAUGGCCGGCCUCCGCCGCCUCUCUGCUCGCGCCGCCGCGUCGGCCCCCUCCACGCCCCUUCCCCCUCGCAACAGCCUCUUCUCCUUCACCCCCCUCGCGGACAAGGUGAUCGCCCACCUCAAGAACUCCGGCGUCCUGGUCCGGCCAGGCCUGACAGAGCCGGAGUUCGCCGUGGCCGAGGCCGAGUUCGGCUUCGCCUUUCCUCCGGACCUUCGGGCAGUCCUCUCGGCCGGCCUGCCCCUGGGAGCCGGCUUCCCCGACUGGCGGUCCUCCGGUACGGCCAGGCUCCACCUCCGGGCCUCCAUCGAUCUCCCCAUCGCUUCCAUCUCCUUCCACAUAGCCCGCGACGCGCUCUGGUCAAAAUCAUGGGGCCCGAGGCCGUCCGACCCGGAAAAAGCCAUGAAAAUAGCCCGAAACGCACUGAAACGUGCCCCGCUUCUGAUUCCUGUUUUCAACCACUGCUACAUCCCCUGCAACCCUUGCCUCGCCGGAAACCCUGUCUUCUUCGUCGACGAGAGCCGGAUUUUCUGCUGCGGCUUCGAUCUGUCGGAUUUCUUCGACCGGGAAUCCGUUUUCCACCAAACCGCCGCCCCGAACGUCCUCUCCAAGCAGCGGUCGCUGACCGAGAAAUCAACCGGGUCCUCGACCAAUUUCUCUAGGAGGAGCCUCGACGCGCUUUCCGGUGGGCGCACGCCGCGGUGGGUGGAGUUCUGGAGUGACGCCGCCGUCGAUCGGCGGCGGAGGAGCUCGAAUUCGUCGUCCUCGUCCUCCUCAUCGCCGGACAGGUACAUAGAAAUGCCGAGAUCCGAGUCGCCCGAGUGGGUCGACGGGUACGUGAGCCGAAUCGGGUCGGUUCUGAGGGAAGGCGGGUGGGCGGAGUCCGACGUGUCCGAGAUCGUGGGCGUGCCGGCAUCGGGCUUCUUCGACGGCGAGAUGGUGAUGCUCGACAAUCAGGCCGUGAUGGACGCCCUGCUGCUGAAAGCGGACCGGUUCUCGGAUAUUCUACGGAAGGCCGGGUGGAGCUCCGAGGAGGUGUCGGAUGCUUUGGGUUUCGAUUUCCGGCGGGAGAAGGUGAAGAAGCCGGCGAUAAAGCUGUCACCGGAGCUGGCGGAGAGGAUCGGAAAAUUGGCUGAGGCGGUGGACCGGUCGUCGUCGUCGUCGUCAUCAUAG